CGAGGGGCUUAAGGGCCCCAAAAAAUCACUGUGGCUGUUCCUUUGGCAAUUAAGACCGGGCAAACAAGUCUUUCCAAACACGCGGCUUGUCAGCGUCCGACGGGGCUUAGGACAACACACCCUUGCCCUCCUUUUUUGUUGUCCCCGGCCCUUGAUUUGUGCUAUUAGCUCACUUUAUUUCGCGGUGCCAUUCAGGUGGUUGAAUGGGUGUCAGUGUGUGAGUCGGGGACAAAGUCCCGGCGCCUCGGCAACGCCUUGGGACAUGCGCUAACUGAGAUAUUACAUACCGAUAGGGCUGUGUGCUGGAGUCUUAACAGGAGAUUUCACCCCCUGACAAAGGAGAGGGGUCAGUUGCCAGGUUCGUGUCCGAAGAAUCCGCCAACGUCUUGAACUGGCCGCUACGUUAAAGACGUUUCCUCAAGUGUAUCACUGAGUCUUACACGGUCGCUUGGUCGCCAAGUCACCAAGAGUCAUGGGGGAAUGAGACGCCCUCGCGCGAGGCUGUGGAUGGGGGUUCCUAUCGUCUGGUGCAGGUGAAACUCCAGGAGGACCCUCCAGGCAUGGUGACGUCAGGCCGGGAUGUAUCCUCGUAUGACCUCGCGCGGACCGACAACAUGCAGCGGGCUUACAGACUCAACCAGCGGGAACAGAUCAUACUGGACCUGCAGGUCCACCAUCUGGACACGCAGGCCAGCAGCUCGGUCUGCGGCAUCAACAAGGAGAUCAGGAUGCUGAAGGGGGCGCUGCAGCAGACUAAGAGGAGUACGGGAAGCAGCGCCGAUGUGCUGGAGUCCUCUGCGCGGGAGAGACAGGAGGCCGCCCCCGAGCCCCGGCGCAUCAUGCUGUACGGUUCCUGGGUCGGGGAGCGCUCCUUGCGGAACCGCUCCACACUGCAGUCCGAGCUCCUGCGGAACGCCGCGCGCAUGCGCCGUCGCUACGAACGCGGGCACGUCGAGGAAGAGGAGGAGGAAGGAGAUGGCGAGGAAGAAACAAAGGAGGGAGAAGACGAUAAAGAAGACGUUGCUCAAGACAAGACCGACAGUGUCGAAGAGACUCAGAAGAUGCGAAAGCCGAGGACACAAUCUUUACCAACCAGACCCGAAACUCCACAUGCACCUUUGAAUGACUUGAAACUUCGUCCAAGUUCAGAACCGGUGUCUUCUAGAAGAAGAAGGGAGCAAAAUAACGAGAGACGACCACUACUAUCAAGACCAAAAUCCAAGGCGCAUAAGACAGCGUCUAGUACACAGAGUUCUCAGGAUUUUGAAGAGAUGACAUCUCUCAAUCUUCGAACACAGGGAAAAAUGACAUUGAAUGACCAGAAAAGUCCAACAGACACCAAGGCAAUCGGGAGGUUGUCGUCUUCUAAAAUGGACUUGUCAUCUAUUGCUAAAGAAAGCAACAACCUGAUGCAAACAAAUAAGGGCACUGCACCUUACUCUACUAGAAACACCAAUGCAAAACUCACGACAAUGACGUCAAGGAACAGAAGGGCAAAUAAGGACAGCCUACCUCGCCAAUCGCAAGCUCCAAACAGGGUCCAAAACUCAAAAUAUAAUGGAUAUUAUGAGCCCGUUCGGCCCUUCUCGGCAGACGUCGCCCACCUUCGGCACAAGCUCGAGAAGAGCCGAAUACACUUCGGGUGGACGGACGGCCAAAACACGACGGAAAGGCCGAGUACGUCAUCAGGUAUAUCGCCUUCCGUUGACGGAUCACACCGCGAGCAUGUCAGGGGCGCUCCUAGCGAUAUCUAUUCGCACGACAGCCAUGAGGACUUCUCUGACAGCCGACCGAGCACGCAAGGGACUUGGUCCUUCGUCACGGACGCUACUAAAGGCGGAAAGAAAAGCCAUAGCAGUUACCAUAGCAACCGCGCUAAAAGGUCGUCCAACUUGGAGAGGAGUUUUCCCGCCAAGCCUAGAAAAUCGCCCCGGCGCGGGAGAAAGAAAUCCAGACUCAAGGCUACAAAGGUCAAACAACCAAACGUCUAUGACAUAUGGAUCAAUAACUUUAAAUAGAAGAAUAGGAGUUUGGUAGCCUGGGUACCAUCCGGAUAGGUCGCUCCAACGUUUAUUGUACACUAUAUACAGUCAAUUCUCUCUCUGACUUUUAUUAUACACUUUAUACAGCCGCUUAGAACUCUGCUAUUCCAGCGUAGCAGAAGUUCUGCCAGAAGAGAACAUAGGAGCGAACUACUACCCAGAUGGUACACAGGCUAGGAGUUUGAACGAUUGAAUAUUAAAAGAAUAUUCUUUAUGUCUUUAACGUUAUUGAUAUAACGUUAGAAUAAUGACUUGAAAGGCACUGUUUGCGUCUUGUUGGUCGAAGUGUAUCCUUCAAAAGGACUUGGCAAAGUUAUGGACACAAAAGCACACGAGGAAGGGGACUCGAAGCCGCUGCCAUACACUAAGAGUUACACAUGUAACGUUACAAACGUACCCUAUGGGUGCAAACAGAAGCUGACAGUUACAGGGUUUAAUAUUACAUCACCAUAAGAGCGACUCUUUGAUGCUUUUUGAAUGUGA